UGCGCCUUUUGCAGCUACGCCGGUCUGCACUGCGUGGUCAUCAAGGGCUACUCCAAGUCGGCGGGCUACCAGCCCGGCGUGCGCUUCGAAGACUCGCGCUUCCGCAACUCGUGGAACGCUGUGUACGUGGCGGGGGCGUGGCGAUUCGUGCAGUGUAACUGGGGGGCGAGGCACCUGGUCAACGCCAAGGAGGUGCCAAAGGCCGGAGCCAAGGGCAAGUCCGACAGCCUAAGAUACGAGUACGACGACCACUACUUCCUCACGGACCCGCGAGAGUUCAUCUACGAGUUCUUCCCGCUGCAGUCCGAGUGGCAGCUCCUCAAGACCCCCAUCACCCUGCACGACUUCGAGGAGCUGCCCUUCGUCCGGUCGCUCUUCUUUCGAUACGGCCUGUACUUCCCCGACGCCCACACCAAGGCCGUCAUGUACACGGACGCCACAGGAGCUGCCACGGUGAGGAUAGCCAUGCCGGCAAAUAUGCAGUCCAGCCUCAUCUUCCACUACAAUCUCAAGUUCUACGACAGUGACGGCGACAUGUUCGACGGCGUGUCCCUCAAGAGAUUCGUCAUGCAGUCGGUCGUCGGCAACAUCGUGGCCUUCCGAGUGCACGCGCCGUGCAGCGGCGCAUUCCUCCUCGACAUCUUCGCCAACGCGGUCACGCCCAAGGAGUACCUCACCGGGGAGCCCAUGAAGUUCAAGUCGGUGUGCAAGUUCAAGAUUGCCUGCGAGGAGCUGCAGACCGUGAUGGUGCCGCUGCCGGACUGCGCUUCGGGCGAGUGGGGCCCCACCAAGGCCACUAGGCUGUUCGGGCUCAUCCCCAUCACCCACCAGGACGCGCUGGUGUUCGCCGGCCGCGAGCUGGAGCUGCAGUUCCGCAUGUCGAGACCGCUUACCGACUUCAUGGCCACGCUGCACAAGAACGGCGUGGAGGAGAAGCGGCUGUCCAAGUUCGUGUCGCACGCCGUGACCGACGACGACAUCGUCACGUUCAUCAUCAGCUUCCCAGAGGAGGGGCAGUACGGCCUCGACAUCUACACGAGGGAGCUGGCCUCGGACCGGUCGCACGGCCACGGCCUGCACGGCGAGACCAACGGCGAGAAGCACCUGCUCACGCACUGCUGCAAGUACCUCAUCAACUCGUCCAAGAGGAACUGAGCAGCGCUCGCCGCUCCGCCCCGCACCCCGUACCAGGGGCUGUCUCGUACUUGUGCGUGCGACGCUUCCGAACCUCUCGCUGUGAAUCGUUAUUUAUUAUUUUUCUUCCCACAUAGGAAGAUGUUUGCGGGCAGUAGAUUGUGUUCAGUCUGCUGGGCAAUGAAACUCUCCGCUACUGUAUUUGUUUUCUAGUUUUUGUUUUGAAAACUUUGUAAAUUUGAUACGAAAUUUGUAAUUGCAUUGACCUCAUUGACCUUAAUGCUAAUUUGACCAAAAAUGUUGUGGGGAGGAUGUAGAUUAGUGAGAAUGGACUGAAUGAGUCGGAUGCAAUUAUCCUCUCCACAACACUUUUGCUUUUAAAAUGUACCAAUAAAGAAUUGUUGCAGCUGGUUCUGUCUUUCAUAAACAAGUGAGGAACUUUUAAUUAAUUUAUGUAUGGAGGUCAAGUUUAGAAUUAUGUAAUUUAAACAACAAAUUCAAUGGUAACUAACAGCUGUUGCUGUUCUUGUCAAAAUGAUGACAAUUUAUGUGCAGAU